AUGGAGAAGAUGAAUCAUCUGGAGAAUCAAAUUUCGGAACUUAAUGCGAAAAUUGAGGAUAUGAAGAAGAAUGGGAUGACCGGUUUAAAUGUAAACGGAGGUGAGAAUACUUAUUCUCCAGGUGGAUCUGUUGUGUCGGCUGAAGAAAAGGAGAGAAAACGGUCAAUUAUUGUAACUGGUAUUCCUGAAUAUGGUAGAUCAGAAUGA